AUGAUUAGCGAACAAAUUUAAUCGAUUACAUCAAUAGUGCACAAUGGUACGUAAUCGAUAUUAUAAAGAGUUCUAUAUAAAAAGUGGGAAUGGGCCUUGGAUCCAGAGGAAUAUUUUCGAGAAUGUAGAAUACGAUGAAUAUGAGAAUAAACAAAUAGAGAUUUUGUAGCAGAAGGUAGAGGAGAAGGGCUUGAAGAUCAAUUUGAAGAGAAGUACGUUAUUGAAAAUGUUGAUGGCAGCUCAAUAUGAUGUGGAAAGAGCAAUAAUAGUAUUGUAAUAAAAAUAUUAGAUAAUUAGAAUUGUUAAUUGCACUUAAAGUUUAUGAAGGAGUACAAGAAGAGUGAUUUUCAGAAGGACCUGAUGAAAGGCUACCUGUAUGUGUGCGGAUUCGAUAACCAAUACAGGCCAGUCAUUAUCUUUAGACAAUAUUGUGAUAUCAAAAUAAUUACUUAUUUUUUGGAAACAGUUAGGAGAUUUCUUUUGAUAGAUUAUUAUGUUGAAAAUUGGACCAUAAUAAUAGACCUGGAAUUGGAUUUGCCAGUGUUGGAAUUGGAAGAUCUAUUAUAUUUGCAGCUCCAAUUUUAUGGAAAUUUGAAUAAAAUGUUAAUAAUAAAUGGCCCAGAUGACAUUUAAGUAAUCUUGAAAUAAUUUACUGGUGAUUAUCUUAAAUAUAUGAUUAGAUAAAUUUCCCGACCUUAGCGUCAAAUUGUAAGUGAUAACCGAAUAUUCCUAAUUACUGUAGUACAUUCCCAAGGAUCAAUUGGAAAUUAAGUAUGGUGGAGACCAGCCAAACGUCAUACAAUUUUGGUAUUCCCAUCAAUUUAUCAUAGGCCAAUACAAAAAAGAGAAGGCAUUUCUGGAUUAGUAAAUGGGAAUAAUAAUAAAACUUCGCAUCUCUCAAUAGUCUCAUUGAAUAGUAGUUCUGUAAAUAAGAAGUCUAGUUUCAUGAAGAUCACUGUUUUGGAGGAGAACGGAAAUCCCCUUUUAAAUUAGCAGAUGGCUGUUUUCGAAGACAAAGUGUUGUAGUCAUCUGAGUCCUCAAUUUAGGAUUAGGCUCCCCUGUAGGAUUAUGAGGAGAAGUACAAAUCUUACUUAAGUACGUCAACAAAAAAGAAUUGUAUCGAUAAGGUGUAGUUUAUGGAUAUGGACGAUUAGAGUGGUGAGGAGUAAUAAUCUAAGGAGGGUUAGAAUGAAAAGAAAAAGAAAAGGAAACUGCAAAUGGAUGAGAAACAAGUGAAAAUCUAAAGGAUAAAAAUGGAGGGAGAGAAAGAAUCAAUAGUUGCCAAUCCAUCUUGCUGUUCAAAGAAUUGUUCUAUUUUCUGA